UAGAGCUCCACAGGUCUUAGGCGAUCGCACAGUUCUUUCUGCGCCGCUGAGGUGGCAGGUCGCGAAAAAAAUAGCAAACCCUCAAUAAUACAUUUUUGGUGCUGCAGUUAAUAGACCCUCGAUUAGAACAUGGGUGAUAUGUUCCGCAGCGAGCAGAUGGCCCUGUGCCAGCUGUUCAUCCAGCCGGAGGCGGCAUACGCCUCCAUCGCCGAGCUGGGCGAAAGUGGAUGUGUCCAGUUCCGCGAUCUCAACGACGAGGUUAGUGCCUUCCAGCGGAAGUACGUCACCGAGGUGAGGCGAUGCGACGACAUGGAGCGCCGUCUCCGCUACGUGGAGUCCGAGAUGAAGAAGGACGAGGUGAAGCUGCCGACACUGCGGCCGGAGGAGGAGCCGAGUGCCCCUAAUCCUCGCGAGGCCGUCGACCUGGACGCUCAGCUGGAGAAGACCGACAACGAGCUGCGCGAGAUGUCCGCCAAUGGAGCCAGUCUGCAAGCCAACUUCCGGCACAUGCAGGAACUCAAGAGCGUGCUGGAGAACACCGAGGGUUUCUUCUCCGACCAGGAGGUCAUCAACCUGGACUCCAACCGAAAGCUGGACCCUGAGGAUCCGGCCCAGGCGCAGGGAGCCGCCCAAAGGGGUCAGCUGGCCUUCGUGGCUGGUGUCAUCAAGCUGGAGAGAUUCUUCAGUUUCGAGCGUAUGUUGUGGCGCAUUUCCAGGGGAAAUAUCUUCCUGCGGAGGAGCGACAUCGAUGGCCUGGUGGACGACGAGGAGACCGGAAGACCAGUGCUGAAGACCGUGUUCGUGGCGUUCUUCCAGGGCGAGCAGCUGAAGCAGAGGGUCAAGAAGGUCUGCACGGGCUACCACGCCUCAGUUUAUCCGUGUCCCAGCUCGCAUGCCGAGCGAAUGGAUAUGAUCAAGGAUGUGAAUGUCCGUCUGGAGGACCUUAAGUUGGUCCUCAGCCAGAGUGCCGACCAUCGCAGCCGAGUCCUGAAUUCAGCAUCCAAGCAUCUGCCACGCUGGUCGAUUAUGGUGCGCAAAAUGAAGGCCAUCUACCACAUCCUGAACUUCUUCAAUCCCGAUGUGACGGGCAAGUGUCUGAUUGGCGAGGGUUGGGUGCCCACCAAUGACAUUCCCACGGUCCAGGAUGCCCUGGCUCGAGCCUCGAAGACAUCGGAGAGCUCCAUUCCGGCGUUCAUGAAUGUCAUCGAGACGAAUGAGAUGCCUCCGACGUACACGAGAACCAAUAAGUUCACCAAUGGAUUCCAGAACCUGGUGGAUUCGUAUGGCAUGGCCUCGUAUAGGGAAGUGAAUCCAGCCCUUUACGCCUGCAUCACAUUCCCCUUCCUGUUCGCCGUGAUGUUCGGCGAUCUGGGACACGGCCUGAUCCUGCUGCUCUUCGCCUCCUGGCUGAUUAUCAAGGAAAAGCAACUGGCCUCGAUCAAGGAGGAGAUCUUCAACAUCUUCUUCGGCGGGCGAUACAUCAUCUUCCUGAUGGGCAUCUUCUCCAUUUACACUGGCUUCAUCUACAACGACGUGUUCUCCAAGUCGAUGAACAUUUUCGGCUCCGCUUGGCACAUGAAUUACACCAGGGAAACGAUCGAGGAUUCCACUCUGAAGUCCAUAACUCUGAGGCCCAACGACACGGUCUACAAGACAUACCCCUUCGGCAUGGAUCCCAUUUGGCAGUUGGCCGACAACAAGAUCAUCUUCCUGAACACCUUCAAAAUGAAGCUGUCGAUCAUUGUGGGCGUGGUCCACAUGAUCUUCGGAGUCACCAUGUCAGUGGUUAACUUUGCCUACUAUAAGAAGUACGCCAGUAUCUUCCUGGAGUUCCUUCCCCAAGUUCUGUUCCUCCUGCUGCUGUUCGGCUACAUGGUCUUCAUGAUGUUCUUCAAGUGGGUCACCUACAACGACACGGUCGAAGGACCUCUUUCGCCGGCUUGUGCUCCGUCCAUCCUGAUCCUGUUCAUCAACAUGAUACUGCAAGGAAGCCAGGACACACCAGAGCCCUGCAAGGAGUUCAUGUUCGAGGGCCAGAAGUCCAUUCAGCAGGUGUUCGUCAUUAUUGCGAUUAUCUGCAUUCCCUGGAUGCUCCUGGGCAAGCCCCUCUACAUCAUGUUCAAGCGCAGGAUGAGCGGAGCUCCGCCCCCAAAACCCCAGAGCGGCGGAGGCGAAGGUCACGGCGAUGACGAGGCCAUGGGCGAGAUCUUCAUCCACCAGGCCAUCCACACCAUCGAGUACGUCCUGAGUACGGUCUCCCACACGGCCUCCUAUCUCCGAUUGUGGGCCUUGUCCCUGGCUCAUGCACAGCUCUCCGAAGUGCUGUGGAACAUGGUGUUUUCCAUGGGCUUCAAUUACGACAACUACAUUGGUGGCAUUCUCAUCUAUGUGUUCUUCGGGGCCUGGGCGCUGCUCACAGUGGGCAUCCUGGUGCUCAUCGAAGGACUCUCGGCCUUCCUGCACACGUUGCGCUUGCAUUGGGUGGAGUUCAUGAGCAAGUUCUACGAGGGCGCUGGUUACGCCUUUGAGCCCUUCGCCUUUAAGACCAUCCUGGAUGCCACCGAGGACGAAUAGAGAGGCUUGGCUGAGGAGAGAGUGAGAGAGCGCAGGACGCACUUCCUUAAAGCAUUUUCCGUUUAUUUCGUUCAGCUUCUUUCGUUUUUUCACGGAAAAAUAAAUUUCGUUUGAUAUGCAUACAGA